AUGGACAAUAUUUCGGAUCAAGUUUUACCCGCAAACAGCGGCCAAAUGUCCGGAAUGUGUCCAGAAAUUACCGAUAAUGAGGCCAACAAUAACACAGACAAUAUUAACAACAAAUUUAAUGGCACCAUACGAAACAAAUCAAAAUCAUAUAUAAGCGGAGAAUUUAGCGAUCAUGAUGUAUCAAAUAAUGACAAGCUUGAGCCAGAAUUUAAGCUAGAGUUAUACUGGUACAAUAUCACCAUGGCGAUAUUAUUGCACGUAGCUGCAGUAUACGGAAUCUACUUGGGCAUAAAAUCGGCACAGAUAAAAACUAUUUUGUUUGCGUAUCUACUUGCACAUUUAUCAACAAUUGGUGCUCAGUGCGGAGUGCACCGGCUUUGGUGCCACCGGACCUACAAAGCCAAACCUGUACUCCAAUACCUGUUGGCUUUCCUAUACGUACUGGCCUUUCAGGACGACAUAUACAAGUGGUCACGUGACCAUCGGGUGCACCACAAGUGUGCCGAUACAGAUGCCGACCCCUAUAGUAUCAAACGGGGCUUUUUCUUUGCCCAUAUAGGUUGGCUACUGUGCCGCAAACAUCCAUCGGUAAUUGCCCAGGGUCACACCAUUGACAUGUCCGAUUUGGACCAUGAUCUAUUGGUACAGUUUGAACGUCGCUAUCACGUGCCACUAGCGUUGGUCAUAUGGGGCGCUAUGCCUACGCUAAUACCAUGCGCAGCCCACUAUUGGGGCAGCAAGCCAUACGAUAAGCACAUCGAGGCUACAGAGUGCACGAUAAGGCACGUGAUGCUGGGCGAGGGCUUUCACAACUAUCACCACACUUACCCAUGGGACUAUUCGAUGAGCGAGUAUGGUCCAAUUGACGCAUUCAACCCUGCUACAAUGUUUAUUGAUUUGUUCGCCCGGUUGGGCUGGGCCUACGACAUGCGCCGCGCGCCCCGGGAUGUGGUUAAGCAGCGCAUGAAACGCACGGGUCAGGCAAACGUGACCGCCAAAACAAACAGGGUGUAUGAGUGGGUGACGGCCACCCUGUACUUAAUGCUCAUGUUCUACCCGUUUAUUAUAGCUGGUUUAUGGAAUAAUUACCUGUCACAUUUGGUGUAG